CAACUCCCACAUCGUCAACAGGCCAACAGAUCAACAACAUUUGAUCGGCCUAUUGUAAGCAGCUUUGCCGAAAUACAAACACCAAAUGCAAAUACUCGUAGUCAUGUGAAGUGUGACAAUGCAGAGAUCUCUUUGUUGUAAGGCUCGGUCAGCAGAAACCACCCGAACCCUCUUCUUCUCCCCGCCGGGCUGUUAUACCCGAUUCUUCAUGUAAAAACCCUAAGCAGAUGACAACAGCCUCCGGGUUUCCUUUAUUCUCUUACGAUUCGUACCCGUAUUACAGCUCACUUGCCAUCUCAGCCCGGUGGGAUUUCUUUCUCCUUUGUCACAAGAUUGGAAAUCCCUCCGGGAAGCUGUAUUGUUCUACGGCUUGGCGCAACGCAAUGACAAUUACUGUAUUGUCUUCUUCCUUUGAUUCCUCUGUUUGUCACCCACCGACCCCCCCAUCAUGUAGAAAGAAGAUCUCACAAAAGAGGCUUUGUCCUUUAUCUAUUCAUAGAAAUAUAUUUCUUAAAUUCGACUCUUGCGAUGCCAUCUUGAUCAUGUCCCUACCCUACCCUACCUAUACAUUUUGCUUUUUCCAACCUCGAGUAAGUCUUCCAAAUAGGCAUUUAAGCCAAUUGAGCUAGUGCAUGAUCUCGAUCCUGCGCUCGAUACCCAAUGACAAGCGAUGUGAAUAUCUCGAGACGUCCGGGUCUCGAACCUAUAUGGACUAAUAGCCACCGCGCCGUUAACGCCAUGCCUAAGACCAUCCUUCGACCAACUCCCAUCAGCGUGGGUCUGCCUCAGUCGCCAAUAUCUCCCAAGAGUCUCCCAACCCUCCCAAGCCCCAACCCAGUCCAUCCCGCAUCUUAUGAUGGAUCGAUGAGAAGGCAAGAUCGGGCCCUGGUCAACAGCCUUGACCACAGAACGAUGCCGUCCCUGAGCUCGGCACCCCUGACUCCUAUCGACGAGUACUCGCCAUCACCCCUAGUCGCAAGGCUCGAAAGGAUCAGCAUAUUACCGUCGAUGAACAUUGGCAAUGGCGCACUUACACCGGCUUCGUCAGAUGCCUCGUCUCGGAGAGAAAGCCUGCUGUCUCUAGAUGGGUCGAUACCAGUAGCCAUGCAUGAGGCUCCCUCAGAAUAUCAAGUUAGAAGUCCCAGCUACUAUAAUGCGGACUACACCUCCAUGUCACCGGGUUCUCCGCGAAGAGAUGCAGCAUUAAGGCUCCGAGACCAACUUGGAGUCUGGGGACCCGUCUAUUUUGGCAACUCAAAGAUGGCCGACGCCUUUAUUAUCGCCAGAUCUCUACGCCAACAUAGUUGUAGUUCCCCGACGAGCCCGGCAUUCGUAAAAUCACCGGCGGGUGCACCGCCAAAUAAGCGACUGACAGUUCGCGCCAUAGUCCGGCCUCAAUCUCAAGAUAGGCCAGCAUUCCUGAUUCAGCGCAACUUCGAUAUCGAUCAGCUCCGGGCUACUAUCCCCGAUCCACCUCCACAUAUACAAGCAAACAGCGGCCCGGACAGACAACGCUCCCCGAGUCGGAGCAGUGCCUCGGUUCCCACACAGUCCAGUCGCAGACGAUCAAGUACCGUGCGGUCGGGCGCUCUACUACGUUCCGACGCAAACACCUUGGACCUCGAGAGCUUGAUAAGAGACGCGAGGGCUAUACCAAUGCACCUACCGUAUGCUCGGGCAUACUUACCUGUCGUGGCGGCGCUACUAACCUCCGGCCACGUCCGCGAAGGCGAUGUCGUAUAUCUGCCCAUGCCUCAUGCCGAAGCGUGGCACCAGACAGUACAAUAUGUGUAUACGGGGCAGGCCGAGCUGACAGAAGAGGUCCGGGAGAAUAUAUUGUAUUUAGCUGGGAAGGUAUGAUUAUGCUGACAUUUGUUUUAUCUGGGGGAUUCGUGGGAAAGAGAGAACACCCCGUGUGUAGAUAUGUACUAGAUUAGAUGGUCUGAUACAUAUAACGGAUGGGAAUAACGAGGAUAUGAAUGGACGCGGUGUUUGGAAAUAGGUGGUAUAGUCUAUCUGAGGCAAAGGCAGGGUCAUCUCUUAAUACCCAAAAAUUAAUUAAUACUCGGCUGGCAAGCAGUUAUUUACUGGGACAUAUUUCGUUUAGGGAAAGGGUUGGGUUAGGCACCACAUACAUACCAUACCAGUCAAGUCCAAAUCACGCAGGCUUUAUACGUGCCUUAAUACUGCACUUAGCAUAAUUAAUUAACACUGGACACCAUCCAUCGUGGAAUCAGGCUUGGCGAGAAAU